AUGACGAGGAUGUGGCGAUGGCACGUGGCGCUGGCGGUGCUGGCGCUGCUGGGUGGCGCAGGCGUGACCGCCGUCGCCGAGCAGAUGCAGUCGCGCGCCGCCGACACCGGUGUCGAUCUUCGAGUCCCCGAGGAUCAACCGAUCGGUACUCUUGUCGGUAGGAUUCCAAUUAAGCCUGGCUUCACGUACCGUUUUAAUGAGCCUCCCAAAGAAUUUGUUCUCGACCCUGUAUCUGGCGAGAUAAGGACGAAUGUAGUGUUGGACCGGGAAACUGUUGAUCGCUAUGCGUUCGUGGUACUCUCAAGUCAGCCCACGUAUCCUAUAGAAGUGCGAUUAAGGGUAACGGAUGUAAACGAUAAUUACCCAGAGUUCCCGGAACCUAGUAUCGGUGUGACGUUCUCGGAAAGUACAGCUGCGGGAACUAAGCUUCUUCUCGAUGCAGCGACUGAUAAGGAUUUAGGUGAGAAUGGUAUCACUAAUGACUACAGAAUAAUAGACGGCGACACUGAAGGGAAAUUUAGACUGAACGUUACCGUUAAUCCGAGCGGUCAGACUUCUUAUUUGCAUUUAGAAACUACAGGAAAGCUAGACAGAGAAACAACGGAUUUUUACGUGUUAAACAUCUCUGCCCGCGAUGGCGGUAAUCCUCCGAAAUUUGGAUACCUUCAGGUGAAUGUUAGCAUAUUGGAUGUAAACGACAACCCGCCUAUAUUCGACCAAAGUGAUUUUUCUGUGUCGUUGAAUGAGAGCGUGCCUCCUGGAACCACUGUCUUAAAAGUAACAGCCACUGAUAAUGAUUUAGGAGACAAUAGUAAAAUUACGUACGAGGUCAUGGACACAGAAAAACAGUUCGCCGUAGAUCCUGAAUCGGGCGUGAUAACAACUAGUAGAAUAUUAAACUGUCCUAAAUAUUGUAGUAAUGCUACAUGUAACAUGACAUGUGUAUUGACAGUCAUAGCUAAAGAUCACGGUGUACCACGACAAGAUGCCCGGACUUAUGUCACUGUCAACCUCAUUGACGCCAACGACCACAAUCCAAUUAUUACGUUCACGUAUGUACCACCGACCGCAAAUUUUGCUACAGUCGAUGAAAAUGCCAAGAAUGGGUCACUUGUUGCCGCCAUCACUGUUACUGAUUUGGAUGCCGGCUUGAAUGGCAUAACUAGCAUCAGUAUAGUGGCUGGUAAUGAACUCAAUCAUUUUCGUUUGGAGAAUUCUUCUAGUGUGUACAUAGUUCAUGUUAAUGGCAUAUUGGAUAGAGAAGAAAUAAGUAAGUACAAUUUAACUGUUGUUGCUACUGAUCGCGGCUCUCCCCCGCGGACGACCACCUCGUUCUUGGUCAUUCAUGUGAACGACGUUAAUGAUCAUGAGCCUGUAUUCGAGAAAUCAGAAUAUUCUACUAUUCUAACAGAACUUGCUCCGCCUGGAUCGUACGUUGCUAGUAUUACCGCCACAGACGAAGACACUGGAGUUAACGCUGAAAUAUACUAUGACUUCUAUGACGGAAAUCAGCAGCACUGGUUUGAAAUUGACCAUUUAACUGGAUUGGUUACAACAAAGACUAUUUUAGAUCGGGAAGUUCAAGGAUCAGUAGAAUUAAAUGUUUCCGCUAGAGACGGUGGUCCGAAUCCGAAAUGGGCGUAUACAAGAUUGAAAGUGACAAUACUCGAUGAAAACGACGAAGCCCCGAGUUUUCCACAAAGUCAAAUAAAUGCGACCCUUCCGGAAAAUAUAAAACCUAUAAAGGAAAUAUUGAUUCUUACAGCAUCAGAUUAUGAUCAAGGUACUAAUGGUUCGGUGUCUUACUAUUUACCACCGAGUAUGGAAAGAAAGUACCCAAAUACAUUUGUGCUAGACCCAAUCACAGGACAGCUGAGUACAGUCACUGAGCUAGACAGAGAAAAGGUAGCAAUGUAUGAAUUGCAAGUGCUUGCAAAAGAUCAAGGCUUUCCACCACAAUCUUCAACAGCGACGGUGUAUUUAAAAGUUUUGGAUAUUAAUGACAACGAUCCGGUGUUUUAUCCUAGAAGAUAUGUCGCUAGCAUAGGUCCAGAAAUGACACCAGGCUCAAAAGUUUUGCAAGUAAAAGCGUUUGACCGAGAUGAAGGUGAAAAUUCCCGCAUAAUGUUUAAGCUUGAAAGUGGCGGAGAUGGUUAUUUUGAAAUUGAACCAUGGACCGGUAACAUAAUUUUACAAAAAGAUUUUCGUACUGCUGCUGAAACUAUUUAUACUUUAAAAAUUUCUUGUAAAGAUAAAGGAAAUCGAAAAGCAUUCGAGGAUGCCGUAGUUGAAAUAAUUAAAAUGUCUCAACGUAAAGAUUUGCAAUUUGAUGGACACAAUGGAUACAAUUUUAAAGUUGUCGAAGACGAAGGUUUGUCUACACCUAAUAUAGGCCGGUAUGUUGGUAAAGUUAACGCCGUAAUUUCAAGUGACAACUUAUCGUAUUACAUUAUAGAAGGAGACCCUAACCAAGUUUUUAAAAUUGAUGAGAAAUCUGGUAUAAUUACCACUGAAUCGAAUGUUGACAGGGAAGAGAAGAUGACAUAUUAUUUAAAAGUUAUGGCUAAGACUGGCGUAGCGUUUGGAUUUACUACAGUAAACAUUUCUGUUUUGGAUGUUAAUGAUAAUUAUCCAUUCUUUAUUGAGGAUAGGGAUGAAAUUCACAUACCUGAAAACAUGGCAGUAGGACAAGAAGUAUUAUUUGCGAGAGCAGCUGAUCGUGAUUCUGGAUCAAAUCGAACUCUAUUUUAUAAACUGACGUGCAAUCCAGAGAAUUAUUUCCGUAUUUCAGAUACCACUGGUGUUAUUUAUUUGAAUAAGCCUAUUUCAACAGAGCCUGGAAACGUUUUAUUGAUAGAAGUGACUGCGACUGACAAUGGUUCUCCUGCACUUGCCACGAAGAACUCGAUAUCAAUUAUAGUAGAUGACAUUAAUGAUCACACUCCAGUUUUUGAUCAUACUUCAUACGAAACUUCAUUGUUGGAAUCCACGCUAGUGAAUACAAGAUUUUUUGCAAUUUCUGCUUCAGAUGCGGAUCUAAAUCUCAACGGUCGCGUUUCAUAUGACAUAGAAGAAGGUAAUACAGAUGAAAAAUUUGGUAUAUUUCCAGAUGGUUAUCUCUAUGUGAAGAGUCCGUUAGAUAGAGAAGAAAGAGACUAUUAUUCAUUAACUAUCGUAGCCACAGAUCAUGGCACUCCCCCCAGAUCAUCGCAGGUGCCAGUAGUAAUACAUGUUUUGGAUGAAAAUGAUAACAGCCCGCAAUUCACGAAUACAACAUUCAUCUUCAAAAUCAAAGAAAACGAACCUCCAGAUACUUUUGUUGGCAAACUAACGGCGACCGACAAAGACAUAGGACGAAAUGCAGAGCUGACAUUUUCACUACCCAUUGCCCAAAGUGACUUUAAAAUCGAUGCGCGGAAUGGUUUCAUAAAAACAUUGAAAACUUUUGAUCGGGAAACAUUGGCCCAUAAUAGUGGUCAAAAUUAUAUAACAUUGACAGUUACAGUCAGUGAUAACGGUAAAAUUAAACUUUAUGAUUCCGUUAGGGUUACAAUUUACAUAACAGAUGUAAACGACAAUGCUCCUAUAUUUACGCGGACUCCUUACAAAAUCGAAGUAUCCGAAGGAGCCGCAAUUGGGGCCUCUAUAAUGCGAGUUUAUUCAACCGAUGCUGAUGAAGGCUUAAAUGGCGAUAUAUAUUACAAAUUGGUUGGAGGCGAUGAUCUAAGAAAAUUCUCCUUAGACGAAGCCACAGGUCAACUGCAGAUUCGUAAACGAUUAGAUCGAGAAACUAAGGAUCAAUAUCGCCUUACAAUCUUGGCUCAUGAUUCAGGACAAUUUGUACAGCUAUCUUCAACAGCAACUGUUAUUAUAGAUGUAUUAGAUGAGAACGAUAACGCUCCAGUUUUCUUUGUAACAGAAAAAGAAGUGUCUGUUUUGGAAACGGAACCUGUUAAUAAAAAGAUCAUUCAAUUUCUUGCCAGAGACGCUGAUUUGGGUAUAAAUAGUGAAUUACAAUAUUCAAUCACAUCCGGAAAUAGGAAAGAAGCAUUUUUUAUUGAUAGUUAUUCUGGAGAACUAUUUUUGCACAAGCAACUGGAUUAUGAAGAUUUAACUUCAUAUGUAAUGANAAAAGAAGUAUCUGUUUUGGAAACGGAACCUGUUAAUAAAAAGAUCAUUCAAUUUCUUGCCAGAGACGCUGAUUUGGGUAUAAAUAGUGAAUUACAAUAUUCAAUCACAUCCGGAAAUAGGAAAGAAGCAUUUUUUAUUGAUAGUUAUUCUGGAGAACUAUUUUUGCACAAGCAACUGGAUUAUGAAGAUUUAACUUCAUAUGUAAUGAACAUCACGGCGACUGAUAGUGGUAGUCCAAGCUUGUCAUCGAGUGUUUUAUUUACUGUUAAUGUUAUCGACGCCAAUGACAAUGCGCCUAUUUUUACUAAUACUGCUAUUGUGCGUCAAAUCAGAGAAGGUAUUCCAAAACACACUCCAAUUGUUACGGUAACUGCAGAAGACCCAGAUUCAGGUCUGAAUGGUAAGGUUUACUAUUCUAUAACUCAUCAAGAACCGUUUAAUAAUAAACGACAUUUUGCUAUCAAUAAUGUAACUGGAGUGAUACACACAUUAUUACCUAUAGACAGAGAAAGUAUUGAUACCUUUCGUAUAACUGUCGCGGCGUACGACAGAGCUGAGCCUCCUUCAAUACGGUUAUCGGCCGAAAAACUCGUUACUGUAAUCGUAGAGGAUAUAAACGAUAACGCUCCCGUGUUUGUUUCUAUGAAUGCUGCUGUAAUAAGUUCAGAAAGAAUGGGAAGAAGCGCCAAUCGUGGAAUCUUCAUUAUGAAUGUUUUAGCGCGUGAUUUAGAUUCGGGUACUAAUGGCUUAGUGACUUAUAAGCUAAUUCACGGUGGCAACGAUUUAUUCGAUUUACAUAGAAGCAAUGGCGCGCUGGUACUCCGAUACCCUCCCGCAACUCCUGAAGCCAGGUGGAAUCUUGUCAUAAAAGCAACAGAUGAGGCAGUAUUAAGUGAGCAAAAAAGUACCGAAACAUAUCUCAAUGUUAUUAUGGGUGGAAACGAACUCGAUAGUAUUGUGUGGACAAAUGUGGGCAUGGUGUCUGUGGCUGAAAACGAGCCCCCAGGCACCGCAGUGUUAAACUUAACAAACAAUUAUAGAUCAGGCUUAGAAUACUAUAUAGUGAAUGUGACUGGUGACGGUAGACAAGUGGACAGACUAUUUGAUAUCGACUCAGCGCUGGGCAUCUUAUCUACGGCCGUUUCCUUAGACCGCGAGGCGGGCACAGACCGUUAUGAAGUUGAAAUUUGUGCUGUUACGUCAGUGCCGCCUUUGAAAACUGCCACAACAAAGGUUGAAGUUGUGAUCCUGGAUAAGAAUGACAGCCCUCCCGAAUUUGUGAAUAUUCCGGCUGCUUACAUGGCUUCAGAAGACUUGGCACCGGGACAGAGGGUCGCUACUAUAACCACAGAAGACCCUGACACCAUCGGCACUAUCACGUACACUAUACAGAACGAGGAACCGACUCCUUUCACUCUGGAUUCUAGUACUGGUGUCCUAACGCUAAAAGACCCAUUAGAUAGAGAGACAGUUCCGGAAUAUAAAGUUAUCGUCAGAGCUGAAGAUGGGAUUCAAUUUACCGAUGUGACUAUAACAGUUCAGGUAACGGACACCAACGACAACCCGCCCGUUUUCAAAGAAAGCGCAUACUCUUUCGACAUUCCCGAGAACGCAGCGAGAGGUUCUGUGGUGGGCACCGUGGCGGCCAUUGACCCUGAUUCCGGGCCAAACGCUCAAUUGACGUACACUGUCAUAUCGGACUGGGCCAAUGACGUCUUCUCGCUCAAUCCUCAGACCGGAGUCUUCACGCUCACUGCUAGACUCGACUAUGAAGAGAUACAACACUAUAUACUAGUCGCGCAGGCACAGGACAGCGGUCACCCAUCAUUAUCGGGGACUGUUACAGUAUACGUGAAUGUAAUCGACCUCAAUGAUAACGCGCCUCUGUUUGAUCCAAUGAGCUUCUCUAACGAAAUACUAGAAGACGUUACCAUCGGAUCUUCAGUGGUGACAGUCAGCGCAACGGAUUCAGACUCAGGCUUAAAUGGAAAAAUUCGAUACAGCAUCACAUCCGGAGAUGAAAACAAAGAUUUCGGGAUUGCCGACAAUGGCACUAUUUACACAGAGAGAUAUUUAGACAGAGAAAAGCUACCAAUUUACAACCUUGUUGUGACUGCAAGGGAUUCAGCCAAGCCACCCGAACCUCAGUUGUCGUCUACUGUUCAAGUGACGAUACAACUGAAGGAUGUGAACGACAUGGCUCCUGAAUUUAUAACACCGAAUGUAACAUCUAUAUCUGAAAACAUUCCUCUUAAUACAGUUGUCAUGACCAUUAAAGCGAUUGAUAAAGAUGAAGGGAGAAAUGGAUACGUUGAAUAUUUCAUGAUGCCUAACCCAGAAAUUAACGGAUAUUUCUCGUUGGGUAAUGUAGAUGGAAUUAUAAGAGCAACUGGAAAACUGGAUAGAGAAUUAAAAUCAAAUUACAUAAUUACCGUCACUGCAAAAGAUAGAGGCGACCCUCCUAACGUUACUAAGAUGGAUAUAAAAAUUAGUAUUAUAGAUGAAAACGACAAUAGUCCAGUUUUUGAUCCUAAGCAAUACAGUGCAUCAGUUCCGGAAAAUGCUAGCAUCGGAGCCAGCGUGCUUCAGGUCUCAGCUACUGAUGUUGAUGAAGAUGCUAAUGGCAGAGUUCGGUAUUCAAUAGCUUCUGGUGAUGAAAAUAGAGAUUUUAGUAUCAGUGAAGAUACCGGAAUUGUUAGAGUGGCAAAAAAUCUCAAUUUCGAAAGAAAAUCACGGUAUCUUCUGUCUAUUAAAGCAGAGGACUGCGCAAAAGAUGAUGACUGCGCAAAAGAUGAUGUUAGGUUCGAUACUGCAGAAAUUGCCAUCUCUAUUCAAGAUAUUAAUGAUAACCCACCAACGUUUUUGGAUUCACCGUAUUUGGCAUACGUAAUGGAAAAUGUUAUUCCACCUAAUGGUGGUUUUAUAAUAUCAAUCCUUGCUUAUGAUGCUGAUUCACCACCAUUUAACAAUCAAGUUCGUUAUUUUAUAAAAGAAGGAGAUGCAGAUGUUUUUAAAAUUAAUGCGUCUUCGGGACAAAUAUCACUUCUUAGGACCUUAGAUCGCGAAGUACAAGAUGAAUAUACCCUUGCACUGGUCGCCAUGGAUACUGGAUCGCCACCUCUUACAGGAUCUGGUACUGUAAAAAUAAUUGUACAAGAUGUAAACGAUAAUAAUCCAGAGUUUGAAAGACAAAGUUACAAGACUAGUGUAAAAGAAAACUUACCUUCAGAAACAAUGAUUUUUCAUGCAAAAGCUACCGAUAAAGAUACGGGGAAUAAUGCUAAGAUAAGAUACAGUGUACUUGGAGAUAAAUCAGAACGAUUUAAAAUAGACCCUAAUACUGGUAUGCUAUAUACUAAUGAGACAUUAGAUCGGGAGGAAUGGGAUGUAUAUUACUUAAUUUUAAUGGCCCAGGAUUCAUCGACAACUGAUCCUCGAACUGCAACUGCAAAUUUGACGAUUGUUGUUGAAGACGAAAAUGACAAUACACCGACGUUCCCACAUCCCGUAUAUGAAACACAAAUUUCUGAAAGGACUAUGAAAGGAAAUUUUGUCUUUGGAGUUAAAGCCACAGAUAAUGAUAUAGGAUUGAGUAAAAAAAUUGAAUAUGAUUUAGAAGGAGAACACAAGCAUUUGUUUACCAUCAACAAAGAGACGGGUGUCAUAAAAGCAAAAGAGAAUCUUAUUACUUAUAAAGACAAAAGUAUAUCAUCGUUCAAUUUGGUAAUCACUGCAAAAGAUAGCGGAACACCACCAAAAGAAAGUUCAGCUGAAUUGAUACUUAUUCUCAAAUCCGUCAGAAACUUUCCAAAGUUCUCUGUGACUAACAAGCUUUCGUUUACGUUUUCCGAAGAUACUCCAGAAGGUGUAUUAGUCACAAGGCUAUCAGCUACAUCUCCAAAAUCCGGUCCUGCUGGGCUAUUACAAUAUGGAAUAGCGGGAGGAAAUAUUGGUGAUGCACUACGUGUAGAUCAAAUGAGUGGAGAAGUUUUUUUAACUGGAAAAGGUUUGGAUUACGAAACAAUGCCAUUAUAUGAAGUAUGGCUUGAAGCAAAAGAUUCUGAUAACCCUCCUUUGAAAUCUUUUAUCGAAGUUGAAAUAAAAGUCACAGAUGCCAAUGACAAUGCUCCCAUAAUAGAAAAUUCUUUGUAUAAUGCUACAGUGUUGGAAGAAGAAUCCCCUCCUCAGUUGGUGGCAGUAAUUCAUGCUUUUGAUUACGAUUCUAAUGAAAAUGGACGAAUAUCUUAUAAAUUAGUAAAUGAUUACGAUGAAACAUUUAGUAUAGAUUCUGAAACAGGUGAAAUAUAUACAAAUAUGGCACUUGACCGUGAGUCUAUACCAUAUUAUGAAAUAAUUGUUGAAGCUGAAGAUCAUGGCCUUCCACAGUUAAGCGGUACAUCAACAGUAAUAAUAACAGUUUUGGAUAAAAAUGACAACCCUCCUAGAUUCACAAGGCUGUUUAGUGUUAAUGUAACUGAAAAUGCAGAAAUCGGUUCCUUUGUAAUAAGAGUGACCAGUUCUGAUUUGGAUACUGGGUCAAAUGCAAAUGCUACGUAUAGUUUUGUUGAAAAUAUUGGAAAUAAAUUUAUUAUUGAUCCAAUCUCUGGAAAUGUUACUGUGGCAGGUUCCUUAGAUAGAGAAAUACAGGACGAAUAUAUUUUGAAAGUCGCUGCUAUCGACGGAGCAUGGCGAUCUGAAACAGCCCUUACCAUUACUAUACAAGAUCAAAAUGAUAACGCACCUGAAUUUGAGUACUCCUAUUAUAGUUUUAAUUUUCCUGAAAUGCAAUUUAAGAACAGUUUUGUUGGACAAGUAAUCGCUACGGACAGAGACAAACAAGGUCCAAAUUCGAUAAUAUCAUAUUCGUUACAACAACCAUCAGAUUUGUUCUCAAUAGAUCCAGCGACUGGAGAGAUUUUAAGUAAAUUCACCAUGAAUUAUAAAAGAACGUCCACAAAUUCAUCUCCGGAAAACACAUAUUCUGUCGUUGUUGUAGCUACAGAUAAUGGGAAACCUCCAAUGUCAUCAGAGUGCUUAGUGAUCAUAAACGUUGUCGAUGCAAACAAUAAUGCACCCAAAUUCAGGGAUCAUGAGAAACUAAUACCUAUUCCUAAAGAAGCCACUAUUGGUGAAAAAAUAAUAAAAAUGAAAGCAGAAGACAACAUGGACUUUGGAAUAAAUGCUGAAGUUGAAUAUUACGUGUCUGGUGGUAAUGGUUCGUCGUACUUGACUAUUGACUCAAAUAGUGGGUGGAUUAUCGUAAACAAACAAUUUUAUUAUUUAGGGCAAUACUAUGAACUGAAAAUAAAAGCUACAGAUCGCGGUGUGCCGCCACAAUCAGACGAAACAUCAAUCGUUUUUGUUGUGACCGGUGAAAAUAUGUACAGCCCAAAAUUCACGGCUUUAAGCUAUCAAGUUAUAGUGCCUGAAAAUGAACCUGUAGGUUCGUCAAUUUUGACUAUACAGGCUAGUGAUGAAGAUAAUGGACCUAAUGGAAUUAUUCGUUAUUCCAUUUCGUCCGGAAAUGAAGGAAACGAAUUUCAAAUACAUUCUAUAUCUGGUGCUAUUAGCAUAAUGCGACCGCUGGAUUUUGAUACAAUACAGGAAUAUCGACUCAAUAUCACAGCCAAUGAUCUUGGCUUUAAGUCAAAGAAAGCAACAGCGACAUUGACUAUUAUUUUGACAGACAUUAAUGAUAAUGCACCUUUUUUUAAUCAAACAACCUACGUCGCAUUUUUGCCUGAAAACUCACCUUUAAACACGUUUAUUUAUAGAGUGACCGCUGUAGAUAUCGAUUCACCAAAAAAUGCAAUAAUCAAGUAUUAUUUAAACUCUAAUAUGCUAUCAUUAUUUAACAUUGAUGAGAACACCGGAGAAAUAUAUUCGAAAGAAGUUUUUGAUUUUGAAGAAAAAAACCUGUAUGAUUUAACAGUGAGAGCUGAAAACCCCGAUUCGUCAAUGAAAAACACAACCAAUAUUAUCAUUCAUAUAACAGGCGUUAACGAAUACUAUCCAAAAUUCAAACAACCAGUUUUUCAUUUCGACGUAUCAGAAUCAGCCGAAGUUGGAACAAAUGUUGGAGUCAUACAAGCUACAGAUCAGGAUAGUGGUGAUGAUGGAAUAAUCUAUUACUUAUUUGUUGGUUCAAGUAAUGAUAAAGGUUUUGGAAUCAAUUCUCAAACUGGCGUUAUUCGAGUGGCACGGUAUUUGGACAGAGAAACUCAAAAUAGAGUAGUAUUAACAGUACUUGCAAAAAACUCUGGAGGUAUUCGAGGUAACGACACUGAUGAAGCACAAGUGAUAAUUUCAAUCCAAGACGGUAAUGAUCCUCCAGAGUUUUUACGCCUUAAUUAUGAAGCUACAAUAUCUGAGGGAGCUUAUAUUGGCCACGAAAUUAUUCAGGUACAGGCUGUAGACAAAGAUGUAAGACCACAAAAUAAUCAAUUCAGCUACUCAAUUAUCGGCGGAAAUAUUGAACAAAGUUUCAAAAUAGAUCCACAGAAUGGUAAAAUAGAAGUAGCAAGGAAGUUAGAUAGAGAGAAACUACCUGCAUACUCAUUAAUAGUUGGUGCAAUAGAUACCGGCUCACCACCCCAAACAGGAACAGCGACAGUCAAAAUAAUGUUGACUGAUAUAAAUGACAACGGUCCUAUUUUCGACAUCAAUUCUUUUGAAGGAUCAGUGUACGAGAAUGAGCCACCUAACACCAGCAUAACAACAUUAUCAGCGACAGACCCAGAUUUGCCACCAAAUGGUGCACCUUUUACAUACUCCAUUAUAGGUGGGAAACAUGAGAGCUUUAUAAAUGUAAAUAAGCAUACAGGCGUAUUAUCCACAGCCAGGAAAAUCGACAGGGAAGCUACACCGAUACUCGAAAUAAGUAUACAAAUUGAAGAUAGUGGAACACCUGUAAUGCGAUCUAAAUAUGAUAUAUUAAUAAAAGUUCUCGACCGAAAUGAUAAUCCGCCGACUCCUCGAUCGGUUCAUGUUGUUGUAUAUGCAUUUAAUAACAAAGUGCCGAAUGGAAAAAUUGCUGACGUUAAACCUAAUGAUCCUGAUAUUAUUGGUGACUAUAAAUGUAAGAUUAUUCGAGAUUCUACUUCAGAUAGAACACUUUCACUGUUGAAUAUCAGAUCUGGAUGUGACCUCUACACUAAUACUAUAAAACCUGGUCAAGGUUAUUCUUUUUCAGUGCUGGGUAAUGACGGUAUUCACAAAGACGUCAUAUCCUCAGUAAGUGUCGAAUACUUUUCUUUUGACAACACCACUGUGGAAGAAUCGGUCACCAUCAGAGUUAUGAAUAUGACGGCAACAUUUUUUUUAACACAUUUCUAUCGCAGUUUGUUGGAAAUUCUUAACGCCAAGCUAGACAAAAAUAAGGAAACCAUUUUUUUAUACGGCGUCAAUGAAGUACCCAACUAUUUAGACCUAACAGUAGCCUUGAAAGGAAACAACUCUAUUUCUAAGAAAGAAUCAACAGAACAUUACUUAAAAAAUAAAGAAUUCGAAAUCACUACAUUAUUAAAGCACGAAAUUACUAUCGGAUAUUAUCCAUGCUCGUCACAUCGAUGUCAAAACGGUGGCUUAUGUACGAAUUCCAUUAAGAUUUUAGAAGACACAAAAAUUAUAGAUAGUUCAGCAAUUAUCUUAUCUUCACCUUUCGUUAAACAUGAUUACGAAUGUCAUUGUGCUGAAGGAUUUAUGGGAAAGAAUUGCGAAAAACGUCAAGAUCCUUGUUCACCUAAUCCUUGCCGCUAUGGAGGACAUUGUCGAAAACAAGGACAUGAUUUCUUAUGUACUUGCCCUGUUCGCCGUGAUGGGAAAACUUGCGAAUUAGAAAAAAAUGAUGUGUGCAGUAGCAGUCCUUGUAAAAAUGGAGGUUCUUGUAAAGAAAGUGCAGAUGGUAGUUCAUUCUUCUGUCUUUGUCGGCCCGGAUAUCGGGGUAAUCAUUGUGAAGCUCUGGUAGAUUCAUGUCGACCAAAUCCAUGCUUAUAUGGUGGAAUAUGUGUCAGCUUAAAACCUGGCUAUAAAUGUAGUUGUUCGGAUGGACGUUACGGAACCCAUUGUGAAAGCACAACAUUUGGAUUCGACGAACUAUCAUAUAUGCAGUUCCCGGCACUGGAUGCAUCGACCAAUGACAUCACGAUAAUUUUUGCAACAACGAAACCGGAUGCAUUACUUUUAUACAACUUCGGCGCGCAAACUGGAGGCAGAUCUGACUUCAUAGCUAUUGAACUACUUAAUGGAAAACCUAUUUUUUCUUUCGGGGGUGCAAGAACUUCAAUAACAUCUGUAGCCAUAUCGAAUCCAAAUAAAAAUUUAGCGGACGGCAACUGGCAUAAACUCACUGCAACAAGAAAUGGAAGGGUCAUAUCUUUGAGUACAACAUCUUGCACUGAUCACGGAGAUAUUUGUAUGGAAUGCGAACCUGGAGACGACUCCUGUUACAAUGAUGACACCGGACAAGCCGGAACUUUGAACUUCAACAACGAACCACUUUUGAUUGGAGGAAUUCACAAAGCUGAUCCUCUGUUAGAACGCCCAGGGCAAGUCCACUCUGAUGACUUCGUAGGAUGUAUGCAUAGCAUAACCAUAAAUGGUCGUUUGCUAAAUCUUUCAAAUCCUUUAAAUUCCCGAGGUGUUGAAGCAAAUUGUGGUCGAUCCGAAAAAGGAACAUGUUAUAAAAAAGCUAUGUGUGGAUUUGGAGAAUGCAUCGACCGGUGGAAAUCCAAUUUGUGUAAAUGUGAUGGUACUUUUAUUGCACCUGAUUGUUCAGCCGCCUUACAAUCUAUUUCAGUCGGAGAAACAGGGCUUAUAUCAUUUGCUAUAUCAGAAAAACAUCGGAGAAUGCAGUUAUUGGAUACAUUUUACAGCGGAAAUACCAUGUGGGAAAAACACGCUAAUAAAGUUCUUAGUAAAAUUAAUACACGUACAAAUAGUCCAGCCAAAAUGUUGUCAUUUCUUUUUCGGACUCACAGAAAAGAUGGAAUACUGUUUUACGCAGCCACUGAAAAGUAUUUUACAUUAAUUGAAUUACACGAAGGAAAAGUAAGUUAUACUUCAAAACAGAAUUCCGUGGUGAAUAUGACACAAAAUGAACAGAAUGAUGUGUCUGAUGGUACCUGGCAUAAUAUAACCUUAUUGUCAUUUGGAAGGAGUAUUCGAUUGUUAGUAGACAAUAAUGAUGUUGGGGAAGAGCUGGAUGCUGCUGGUGUACACGAUUUCUUAGAUCCGUAUCUCACUGUAAUGUCCCUAGGAGGAGUAAAAGCUGAAUUAUUAAUGACUUCGAGCCAAAACAAAUUUGAAGGUUGCUUAGCCAACUUUUCUAUUAAUAAUGAAAUACAGCCGUUUGCUGGGAAUGGAAGUAUUUUUAAGGAAACCAUUUUAAAAGGGAAACUUCUAAAUGGUUGCCACAGUGCAUUUGGUAUUGGGGCAGCACAAAACCCAGAUCCCCUGCGUAUUGGUAUUACACUUGUCAUUGUGUUUUUCGUAAUUUUACUUGUUGCUAUUUCCGUGUCUAUUAUAUUCUAUCGUUUACGAAGGCAAAAAAAGGAAAAAGUUGGUGGCUCCACAGGGAAAAUGAAUGCCGUUCAUUCGAAGCAAAAUGGUGGAACAUCCAUGUCUAAUGCACCAAACCUGAUAGCUGGAACCAAUGAAAGUUUGAUGAAUCGUGGCUUACACAACAAUGACACUAGCCUAAACAGUUAUAUUUCUGAAAGCGUUGAUAUAACACGUAAUGUCGGACAUAUUGUUGGUCCUGAACUUUUAUCAAAAAAAUAUAAAGACAGAGAAAUAAUGAAUAUAGACCCACUCAGGCCGCAACGUCCCGACAUCAUUGAACGAGAAGUUGUUGGGAAAAGCCCAGCUUUAAGAGAAGAUCAUCAUCCGCCUCCACCUCUUUCGACCAACACUUCACAUCACCAUGAUCAUCCAAGUGGAAUGGACCUAAAUUCAGAAAUACCAGAACAUUACGAUUUAGAAAAUGCAAGUUCAAUAGCACCUUCUGAUAUAGAUAUUGUUUAUCACUACAAAGGUUUUCGAGAAGCGGCUAAUGUCCGAAAAUAUAAAGCAACUCCACCACCUUUAACCGGUUAUCAUCAUAAACAUCAAACUCCUCAACAUCGUCACUCUCCUCAUCACCCAGGUGGAUACCCGUCCAGAGUACUACAGCAGGCUUCUCAGCCCCCACCCCAACCACGUCAACAUCAAACAACGCCACUUGCACGACUAUCACCAAGUAGUGAAUUAAGCCAGCAGCCUCGUAUAUUGACCCUGCACGAUAUAUCAGGAAAACCUUUGCAAAGCGCUCUACUUGCUACAACGUCCAGUUCUGGAGGUGUGGGCAAAGAUGCUUUACAUAGUAAUAGUGAACGUAGCCUAAACAGCCCUGUGAUGUCUCAGUUAAGUGGACAAAGCUCAUCAGCUGGAAGAAAGACACCCAGUGCUACACCCCAAGUACCUCAAGUAGUGUCCGUAGGAUCAGGGGCUGUCGGCUUAACUGCAGAAGAAAUAGAAAGAAUGAAUGCGAGACAAAGGACGUCGAGCUUAGUGUCAACAUUAGAUGCAGUUUCUAGCUCCAGUGAAGCACAACGAGGUACUGGAGUAGGACAUCACAUGUCACAUAGACAUCAUUCCCCUCAAGACGACAAUAGAAGUUCAACAGGGUCCGAUGAUGAAAGCGGUAAUGACAGUUUUACUUGCUCCGAAAUCGAAUAUGAUAACAACAGUAUUAAUGCUGAAAAACUUGACGACGUUAGGAGACCAAAUGUGAGCAACGCAAAUAACACAAAGAAAUCAAUUUUACCGCCACCAUAUGAAAGUUUUGACUCUUCAUUUCGAGGCUCUUUAAGCACUCUAGUAGCUUCGGAUGAUGAUCUUGUGCCGCAUGUCAGUUCAACUUUAUAUCGACAAGCGAAUGGUUCACCAGCCUCAGCCGCUCUCGGUUGGGAUCAUCUCUUUAACUGGAGACCCAAUUUCGAAAGUAUGAUCGGGGUUUUUAAAGACAUUGCUGAAUUACCAGACGCUGUUAACGGGCGUAUGUCAUCUUCGUUAAGACUUCAGAACGGCACGCCAAAACCUUCUGAAGAAUAUGUUUAAUAUGAUAAUAUAAGACUGUAAAUAAUACUUUGUUUUGAGUUUUGUAAAAACUGUUUCGUUGGGAUCUUGUAUCAAGAUUUCGCGUUCCAAACCUCUUGCCAUAUAUUGUUAUUCUUUUUGUAUAAUAGUAUGUAAUCUUCUUGUGAUGUAUAGAUUAAUGUUUAAGCUAUAAAACCUCACUGUAAAUACAUAUACGUGUAGAUAUAUUUUAUAACGUUUAGGAUAUUUGCGUUUUGUACAGAAAAUCUGCAUUUGUUUUAUAUGAACAGAACAAAAUAAUUUAGACUCUGGAUGUAGGCAAUGUUCUCUAUUAUUUUACUGUAAAUAAGACAAAUACGCUUAUAGUGUGAAAUAUUUAUGUAAGUUUAAGUAUUGUGAUACAUGUUUUCUGGAAGCUAUUACUUUCAACUAUGUAGUAAUAAAUAGUACAUCCAGGGUUCUUUUUAAUGACGAUUGUAUUGAGCCAUAUUAUUAAUUAAUGAACAAAGUGCCAAAUGCGUUUUCUGUUAAA